UGAUUUGCCACUUGACUCAUGGAAGUGGUCUUUCACUAACAAACACCGAAAGUUCCUUUCUCUCACGCUUCCCAGCAACUACUACAAGCUACCAAUGAUCAUAACAAGUCUUCAAUCAUUCUUCACAAAUUCACUCACCACAAACCAUGAGGUUCAACAGUGUCACAGCCUUCGUAACACUCUUCCUCCUUCUCCAUCUCUCCUCACACCUCCAAGCAUACAACCCUGAGAACCGUUUCACCAUCUGUUGCGGCACCAUCGGAAAAUUCUCAGACGGUGAAAGGACAUGGGAGGGGGACGCAGGCACAAAGCUCUUGUCUCAUCAAGACGGCACUGUUUCAGCCAAAGCAACGACACAAUCUCCUUCUAUGAAUCAAGUCCCCUUCACCACAGCGCGCUUGUCCCGUUCCCAAUUCAACUACUCCUUUCCUGUCACUACAGGUCCUAAAUUCAUUCGUCUCUUCUUUUACCCAGCUUCUUACCCUUCUUUUCCCCGCACCGAUGCAUCCUUCACUGUUCACUCCAACCAAUUCACCCUCCUCGAUGGCUUCAACGCCUCUCUGAACGCCGACGCUCAAAACACGGAAACCAUCUUCAAAGAAUAUGUGAUCAACGUGGAAAGUGGUGAUAGGCUCAACCUCAGCUUCACUCCAUCGCGACCAAACUCCUACGCUUUUGUCAACGGAAUCGAGGUAUUAUCCAUGCCCAGCGAUCUGUAUUACACGUCACCAAAUGACGUAGGGUUCACGCUCGUGGGACACGACAUGCUAUAUAGCGUUGAAAGCAGCGCUGCGCUGGAGACAGAGUAUAGAAUCAAAGUUGGAGGGCAAGCAAUCUCACCACGAAAUGACAGCGGUUUGUUAAGGAAUUGGGCUGGGCACGAUCAAGAUUAUUUAAUGACACAAAAUUCACAGAAUAAUGAUCUACCAGCUGACUUGGCUAAUAAGAACAUAACCGUGAAUCCUGAUUACGUGGCACCCAAGGAGCUGUACAGAACAGCGCGUAACAUGGGCACAAACGCCACUCUCAACAAAAUCAGCAACCUCACUUGGGAGUUUCCCGUUGAUUCUGGCUUCACUUACAUGCUCAGACUCCACUUUUGCGAACUUGACCCCAGUAUUACUGACGUCGGUAACAGGGUGUUCUUUAUUUACAUAGCGACCCAGUUGGCUGAGGACCAAGCUGAUGUUAUGAAAUGGAGCCAGAAUCAGAAAGGUCUCGCUGUACACAGAAACUACGCCGUUUUAAUUCCCACAAAUGAUACUCAGAAAAAGGUUAAUCUCUCCCUCCAAAUGCACUCUUAUUAUGAUCGUAGGGUUUCAAUAUAUGACGACGCGUUCUUGAACGGUAUUGAGAUAUUCAAAAUCAGCGUCGACAACCUCGCAGGACCUAACCCAGACCCGAUUCAGACUCCACAGAGCAACGUACCCGUCCAAAAGGAAAAGAGCCGCAGCGGCAGCGAAACCAAGAUAAUCGCUGUCAUCUCGGAGGUGGUAUCUGGCAUCGUUUUGAUCUCCUUUGUCAUUUUCCUCGUCGUGUUUUUCGGACGCAAGAAAACCACUGAAACGACUGAGUCAACAAACACGAAGAACUCUUCCCUACCUUGCGAACGCUGCCGCAACUUCUCCCUGGUCGAGAUCAAAUCCGCCACGAACAACUUCGACGACGUCCUCAUGGUGGGCGUCGGGGGGUUCGGCCAUGUCUACAAGGGCUACAUCGACGCCGGUUUCACCCAAGUCGCUAUCAAGCGCCUCAAACCGGACUCGCAACAGGGGGCGCACGAGUUCAUGAACGAGAUCGAGAUGCUCUCGCAGCUCCGCCACCUCCAUCUCGUCUCCCUCAUUGGAUACUGCAACGAUAACAAGGAGAUGAUCCUGGUCUAUGAUUUCAUGCCACGUGGCACUCUCCGUGAGCAUCUCUACAACACCGAUAACCCUCCUCUCUCCUGGAAGCAGCGCUUGCGGAUUUGCAUCGGCGCAGCGCGUGGACUGCAAUAUCUCCACACAGGCGCGAAGCACACGAUCAUCCACCGCGACGUCAAAACCACCAACAUCUUGUUGGAUGACAAGUGGGUGGCCAAGGUUUCCGACUUUGGGCUUUCCAGAGUAGGACCCACCGGCGUAGAUAAGUCCCACGUCAGCACCGUAGUGAAGGGUAGUUUCGGGUAUUUAGACCCAGAAUAUUAUAAACGUUACCGUUUGACAGAAAAGUCUGACGUGUACUCUUUUGGAGUGGUGUUGUUUGAGAUACUGUGCGCUCGUCCGCCUCUGAUCCGUAACGAUGAGACACAACAGAUGUCACUAGCUAAUUGGGCCAGACACAAUUACAAAAGUGGGACCAUGGCCCAAAUUGUGGACCCCACAUUGAAGGGGAUGAUUGCACCCGAGUGCUUCAAGAAGUUUUGCCAGAUUGGGGUGAGUUGCUUGUUAGAGGAUGGGAUGCAGAGGCCGUCGAUGAACGACGUCGUUGGAAUGCUGGAGUUUGCACUGCAACUGCAAGAGAGUGCGGAGCAGAGUGAAAAUGAAAAAGGAGAUGAAAUUAGUGACAAAACGUUCACGAGUGAGUUGAGUGCCACGACUACAACUAGCGGAGAGCAUAGCUAUAGUUAUAAGGAUAGUUAUAAUUCGUUGCUGUCAUGGAAUCCUUUCUCUGAGAUUAUGGAGCCAAAGCCGCGUUGAGCGAAUCGAAUUAGCCCAAUCUAACGCUCUGGAAGUAUUACAAUGAUUUUUAGCUUGGAGAAUGGAUCAAGGUAAUCUUUAAUAUGAUGUUAAAGAUGUUGGUGACGAGACUUACUUCUCAUAAAUGGGUUAUGCUAUGAUAGGAUGUGACAUUGAGACUUAGUUAGAAAUUGUCCUCUUUUGUCAUGUUCUGAGACAAUUGUUAGUU